UUGGGACGUUGGCCUUUUUUGGGGGGGCGGGGGGUCCUGUUUAUAGUAUUAAAAAAUGUACGGUACAGGAAUAAGGGUUUCACUUUGCUCCAGCAAUGAACAUCCGCCAGUAGUGAUGAGAAAACAGGUAACGUUCGUCGAACAGGGCUGCAAAGGGCAGGAUUUGCCUCAAGCCAAGCAGGUCUUAGCAACAAGGUCAGCAGGACAUUGCUACCCACAGAGUAACAGAUACACAGACCAGACAGCCACAACCAAGAGCCAAUUGCAUUCUAAAGCCAUGCAGCUGUCUGGCACACCUCAACUGAAAACUGUACACAUUCCCAAGUCAAUGAGGGCUGCCCCCUUUCUGCAGCACCCGGACUUGACUACAGGACAGAAGAGGUAUCUGUGCAGCAUUGCCAACGUCUACAGCACAGAACACCUGCGUACACAGAUAAGGAGACAGUAUCUGAACAUGCUGCAGCCCUGCAUGCAAACAGGCGCCAUCAUGUCAUGUGAAAAUCCGAACCCCAGUGCCAAAGUGCUGCUCCACCAGCAGACCCUGUCCCAAAUGGGCAAGAGGACUGAACCUCUCCGAAAUAACAAGCCCACACCAGGGAGGCACAGACAAACCCACACUGGGAACAUUAUUCUCCCCAGCAUAAUAGAUGGAGGACACAGAGUGCAGUCCAGUGCGCCAACCUCCAACCAGAGAAGAACCAGUAAAGCGAAGACAAAGGCAGGGACGCAAAGGAAGUGUCUGAAAGAUACCAAGGUUAAACUUGACUGUGUAAGAAAGGAACAAAAGCAUGGAGAGGAGUCGUUGAUGCAAACCAUAAGAUCCUUAUCUAUUGAAGAGGAGCAGGGAAAAUCUGGCAGCCUGUCAGCGGAAUCCUACAAUUACAAAUCAACAUAGCCACACUAACAAAGCUCAUUACAGGAGGCGAUCAUUUUAUUGAGUGCACGGCACUACUGAUGUCUUUUAUUUAUAUUUAUCCACUUGGUGUAAGUAGUUCCUUAAAAGUACCUUCAUUUCCUUUGUUCUCCUAAAUGGCGAGUAGUGGUAUUACUUCAGGUUUCAUGUCAAGGAUAGUUAGAUUUCAAGACCCCUAUCAAAUUGUUAAAUAGCUUAGAAUACAAUAAUAUAGCUCCCCAGAAUGUACUGGAUCCUCUUCCAGUGACCUGUUUUACUUAGUGGUUCUGUGCAUUGUCCUCAAGUGCAAUUGAGGCAUUAAGUGGUUUCUUCCACUUUGAUCCCACUUAGCAAGCUGCAGCCCCAAGGGAAGAGGCAGCCAUCACAUGCAAACCAUCCAGUAUUUCAUUACUUAAAUGGGUUUGCUUUCAAAUGAUUAAUGGAUGACAGAACGAUCACAGUUUAGUUUUCAGACUGCAUGCCAGGAUCUUAAAGUUGCUCUAUCCAGUUCAUUAAACUUGGGUUACUAUUAAGGUGGCAUGAUGGACCGUUCUGCUGUAAAAAUGCUAGGUGUGCUCCAGAGUGGAAGAGGGGAGACAUGCAUAGUGUAUGUUGAUUACAUGCAUAUUGGCAACAAGGACUACAAAAAGUAUAUGUAAAAUGAACAAACAAGCAGCCGAUUCUAAUUAGCUUAAAAUACAUUGUGUGUCUGAAUUGUCAAUACAAGAAUCUGUUGAAUUCAAUAAAAUCCACAGCAAAAAUAAAUCUCAGAUGUGGGAUUUUUUUUUUUAGCACUACCUGCCCAUACAACAUUCUUCC